CACUUGAGUGACACCUAUGGGAUACCCCCAUCUCCUCUGGGUAGCCUUUUCCUCCCAGGCAGCUGCUUGCCUCUUCUGCUUCUCUGAUGCCCCCCAGCGCCUUCGUGUUUGCCAGCAAUUUUUGGGCUACGAGAGUCCUCAGCAUGGGGCCUGCCUGGAGUCUCUGCGGAAGGCCUUUAUGCCUUACAGCAGAGUCUAUGUUGCUGUGUCUGAAAUGGAGAAGCUGAAGGACACGUUUGCCAGGAUCAUCUUUUACUUAGAAGAGAAAGGCAUGGCCAAUGUACCUUAUAAUCUAGCCAUUCCAGAGGCUGCACAACACGUUAAAAAAGAGGUGGCACAACUCCAAAAAGCUCCAGCCUGCAUCCCGCCAUGUGGGUUCCAGAGAGAGGCCCGUUGGUUCCGAUGCACAACUUGUAGUAUUGAGGACUGUCAGCUGCCCAUCGAUUGCCCACUUCAAGAUGUGCACAAGUUUGAAGGGGACGUUACUCUUCUCAACUGCAAGGUUAAAUUCCAGAUUCCCCCAGACUGCACCUUCAGAUGGAAAUUUGCCAAGGAUAUGAGAACAGAGGAACUUUUCCUCUUCCAAGACCUGAGUUUCGGAUUCGAUUCUUCCCUCCUGAUCCGGCCCACCCUGGGAACCCAUCAAGGAACGAUUGCCUGCCAGAUUGAGGAAGACAACGAUGUGCUGGUCAGGAAGUUCUUCUACCUCAAUGUGACGGAGAAAAGGCUCGGGCUAGAGAAAAAGCUCCAGGAGAUGUUUAAAGCCAUCCUGAAUCCCCCACCGGAGGUAGGGCUGGAGGAGGUGGUGGUGAACCGCCUGCCUUCCCUGCAAGAGAUGCUCUCUGGGCCGGAUGCCCUGAGCAAGAAGAGCGUCAUCUUCCUCAUCGUGGGAAUAGCCUUGAGCUCCAUGGUGCUCACCCUGGGAGCAAUGACAAUUUAUCACUGGGCCACCUACAUCAAAUCGUGAACUGGGACAUGGAACUCUUCUGUU